AUGUCACCCACUUGUCAAGAAACGCCGGUACUUGAGCAUACCAAAGAGAAUGCGGGAUGUGCUUCUAUCUCAGGCCAUUCAUCGCCGGAAAAAGAACCUGCAGACUGGACUGAGGGUCAUCAAAAUCAUUUAACGCCAGAGCAGGAGGUGAAACUCUCUCAGUUCAAGUCCCAGUGUGACAAGGCCGGUCUCAAAAAUGCGUCAGACAAUGGGUCACUAGAUGUCUCUGAUGCAACAAUUUUGAGAUUUUUGCGCUCUGUAAACUUUGAUGUGGACCACGCCUUUUCACGGUUCUAUGUCGCAGAGGAAAGAAGAAGAAAAAAGCAUGGCCUUGAAAAGUUCUAUGAGAACGUGGAUAUCCCUUCAUAUGAAACGUCGAGGAGAAUGUUUUCACAAUGGACAGGACGACGCGAUAAUCACGGCUUCCCGAUCUUCGUAUUCCCCGUCAAAAACUUCACCAAGUCAAAGAUUGAAAACUGGAUCUCCGCGCUCAAUUCUUCACACCCCGGCCAGGGCCAUGACUCACUGUCUCCCCACGUUCUUCACUUUGAAGCUUUAUUUGACAACUUGUUGCAUUUUACAUUGCCUUUGUGUUCCCAGCUACCACGCCCAAAUAUGGAUGUCCCAAUCUCUGCUUCCACCCACAUAAUCGAUAUCACCGGGGUGGGUGUCACGCAUUUUUGGAAAAUCAGGGCAUAUCUACAAGCAGCCUCUGCAUUGGCGUCGACUUAUUAUCCAGAAACUCUCGGCCAUGUUUUCAUCAUCGGUGCAUCUUCCUUCUUCAUCACUAUAUGGGAUAUAGUCAAAAAAUGGUUUGACCCUCCGACUCUUCUGAAAAUCCACAUUUUGUCGCCCUCCGAGACGACAGCUACCCUCUUGGCCCACAUCGCGCCCGAGGAUCUUCCUAAGCAAUAUGGUGGUACAUUGCAGUGGGAAUGGGGCAACAUGCCCAAUCUAGACGCGCCUGCAAUGGCAAUCGCAGGGGGCUUGUAUAGUCAGAAAGAGAAUGGGGAAAGAGAGUACCUUCAAGGUCCUCUUCGCGUUACAGAUGAUGCUAUCCAGCUGCUGGGUACAAUUGACGGAAAGGAGCGCAGAGGAUCGAUACCUUUGACCAAACCCACAGGCACCUCGGAAAGCUCACAAGGCCUGUGA